AAAAGAGCGAUAAUUGUUAUUGUUAGCUUGUUAGCUAGCAGACGAACUCAAGAAUGGAGAUAUGACAGAGUAAUAACGUCUUAUUACAUGUGCACGAUUAAGUUAUUACAAACGUAAAGUGAUGGAGGACGGAAACAGGACUGAUGCUGCUUCCACAUCCAAGAGCUCACUCCACCUGCAGACUCCUAAAAACGAGGAUGCUUAUGAAAUUGCCAUCCCCUAUGAAGAGAACAACUUUGAGCAGCAAGGCUUUUUCAACCAGAGUGAUCAGAAUUUUGAUGAGUCACCCCCAUCUGCUGGCCCAUCCCCAGUCAACAACUCAUACAUGGUGAUCACCAACCUGCGGACCCAGCUCCAAAUCUCUCUGGAGAAAAACUCUUGGCUGCAGAAAAGAAUUGAGGACUUGGAAGAGGAGAGGGACUUCCUCCGUUGCCAGCUGGACCGCUUCAUCUUUUCCACAAAGAGCCAGGGACAGGAGCAGAGUCAGAGCCAGUAUAGUAAUGGUUAUGAAUCUAGACGUUUCAACUGGAGAGCAAGACGAGAGGAAGAACGUCCCUCUGAGCAACAGAAGACGGACUCACAGCAUUUCCCCUCACGUUCGUUUAUCCAGCGAAGGCCUGGUCCUCCAACCAUGGUGGCUUCCAAAAACCAUGUCUCCAGUCCACUAACCAAUCAACUUGCCUCUAUUAAUGCUUUGUUCAACUCAACACAGUCACAGGCCCUCUUGCAAGGCCAUAGCCAUAGUACUUCCAGUACCACAGCCAGUGGCAGCAGCAGCAACAACAACAGUGUUACAAGGUCAUCCAUGAAUGAAAUGAGUGGGCAUAGCAACGUGGGUCCAGAUUCGCUUUCACUCUUGGGAGAAUCUGAUGAGUACUUGGAGCAGGACGGCUACCUUGAGGAGGAGGAAAUGAUAUCGGGGGAAGAUGUAAUGUCAGAUACCAUUAACAGCAACAGACACCAGUUAAAGAGAAGGCGGGUUUUUCGAGCCCCUAGAGAGCGGCAGAGAGUGAAAGAUGCUGCUGGAGUGCUGUUUCGUUACAAGAAGAUCCUGCUUACAUACCAGCGUUUGAAAAAUAUGUCUAAAGCCUUCCAAAUCCAUGGUGUGGACCGCAACACAGUGGCUUCCACCACACCCAUUGCUGAGCUGCUACUAGUAGCCCCAGAGAAGGUGGCAGAGGUGGGCGAGUUUGACCCAUCCAAGGAAAAGCUGCUGGACUAUGCCCGGCGCUGCUACACUGCCCUGGAUGAGGAGACACUCAGCAGGGUGCAGGCCCUAAAAAAGAAUAACCUGCUUCUGCCCAUCUCCUACAGGUUCAGACACUGAGAGGAGAAAGACAGAGGAAUGGGAAAUGUCUCUGGACAACAGUGGAGUUGGUGGUUAAGUGAGGAGAGAAGAGACAGUUGGGUUCUUCUGCAGCAGGCCAGCUCACCUCUGAGGCAGAGAGAAAGUCCAGAGGCAUGAGCAAUUAUUUUGCUAUCUCAGUGUCUUGGAUAUGGCCAUGUAAACUGUGGUUGAGAUCCUCAGACACAUAAACUUUUCACAUCUCACUUUUAUUAUCAAUAUGUUGUACAGGAAUGUCAGUUUGUCUGACAAAUCCUCACCAUCAUUCCAGCAAUUUUGAAGAUGUGGGAGUGCCUGCUGCAGCUAGAGAGGGAUAUAAACAUGGUUCCUAUUGCUGAAAGAGCAAAAUGGUAUGUCUGUGUGAUUCAUGAAUGUGUGUUUACUACUAGGAUUAUAGAGGUGAUUGAUUGUCUUCAAUCCUUUAAUGAGUGUAACAAACUUAGCACAUUCAUGUUGAGAGACACACAGACAUUCUUUCCUUUGCUUCUGGAUCAGCUUGAGGCCAGUAGUUCAGUAAGUGAUCAUCUAGAUCAUGUCAGUUCCUGACAGUCUAAAUGACUUAAAAACAGAAGCAGUACUAUCACUUUAUUGUUGUGCAAUUUGACACAAACCUAAACAUUUCAUAGUUUUCAAUCACAAUGCCUGUGAAUGGUUAAAUUAUGCUGCCAUCCAUAGAUUUUGUAGAAUUAUGCCAUACUUUUAAGGAAAACAAUCUUUGUUUAUUUCGCUCGGGGGGCUUUGUUGUAUUGUUUUUGCCAUUGUCAUUGUACCCUUAUCUAUUAUCACUUGCCUUAAUGCAAUUUAUGUGAUUUCUUUGUGUUAGACAUGCAAUAGUUCUCCCUGAACAUCCACUGAAGAAGAAUUAUGGAGUCAUUUUGGGUUCUCUUUUCCAUUUCUCCUGGUUUAAAGGAGGAGACAGUUGACUAUAGUCAGGACUAGUCCAACAUUAUGUUGUGUAAAUGCAUUUCUGGCAGUAACACACAUCUAGCAACAAGAGCCACUUCUUAAUUAGAUAUCAAAGACAGACACAAAUAUGCUGGUGAUAUUGUAUGUGUUUGAUUCAUAAUAAAAACACAUGAUGAUCUUGGGCCCACUUUUAACAGCAGUACAGCUGCAUUACUCUGUUGUUCCACUAAGGGUUGUACCAACCUUUUUUGUAAAUUAUCUGCACUAAAAUACAGUAAAUGUCACUUCUUAUGCUUCUGGUAUUGAGGCUCUUGUAAUGCUUUGGUGACUAUAAUACCUUUUGUAAAAUACAGUACAGAGCAUUUACUAUACUAGCUGUUUGUAUAACAUUGUCUAACCUUUGGUUCUGUGUGGGAAAAUUGUGGACAUUGAUCACACAUACAAUUUUCCAGUGUGAACAGCAUCAGCAAAAGCAACUAGCUUGUGCACACAGAGGAUCAAUUAUUGCUUCCCAGUGAUCAACUACUAAUGCAUGUGAAAAGAGCGCUUUGAUGGUCUGUAGUUUAUAGAGGUCUUGUCAAAAUUCGUACUUUUCAAAGCAACAGAUAUGUGGAUUAUAUUGUAUGACAAUGUGUGGUAUACCAGUAUAUUGAAAUGAUAAGAUCUCUUACAUUAAAACAGAUUAGGUUACAGUGGAAUACAGUGACUCUUGGUUUAAAUUUUCAUAUCUCAAUAACCUUUUUCCUGACAUAGGCAGGCAGGAAACAUAGAGACAUAGACAUAGGUAUUCUAAUCUGUGCAAGUUAUGCAGUGUUCACUGUCUGAUUUUUUUUUAUGUGGCUAAAAAGCAAGCAAUCUAAGGUAAAGUGUAACCAUUAAGCAGAAUUUGCAAAAUCAUACCAGGGUGCCAUGUGUUGAAAACAAUAAUCUGUCUAAUUUUGUGUCAUAUUUAUGUAUAUUGAGUGAAACGUAUAUCUCACUGAAACAAUGCCUAUGAUUCAACACAUGUACAGUUAGAAUCAGAUGUCAUUAAGGCACUUGAUUUCUUACAAAAUAUAGACUAUAUAGAGAGUCUGUACAAGCCAACAACACCAGUCACUGAAAAAAAAGCUUAUGAUUGGGGACUUCAAGUGCUUUUUGUGCUAUGCUUUCGCAUGUCUAUGGGGAAGUGUGCAUAUAUAAAAUCAUGUGCAAAAAGUUUUUUUUUUUUUUUUUCACUUUGAAGCAUCAGAAAUUGGGCAGCUACAUUGUUCAGUAAAUGAUCUUUCAGCUAAAACAAAUGUGGCCUCAUCUUGAGCACUUUAAUUUGUAAUUUCCAGUUUCUCCAUUUAAAUCAGUGUAGUGAGAAGUCUGUUAGAAGGAAAACACUGAAUAUUGUAAGAGAUAAAGAGAUUGUGAUUUUUUUUGUUAAUUUGAUAAACCCAGUGCAAAAAAUUUUGAAUUUCAAUAAAUCUGACCCAUUGCGAUAAA